CCCAAGUAAUAUGACUCAAUCUGGACUUCUGAGAAUCGAAACGAAACAGAAUCUGAAAGAAUUUACUUCUCGGACAUCAGAACAUCGAUAAAGAAGAUAAGGAUUGCUAUUAGCCUACGAUCAGAUGAUACAAAGCAUCUUUUAGGAUUUCGACUGAAAUUUGGCCACAGGAAAACCUCAUCUACAGUGUACAGUACGAAACAAGGAAGCAGCGAUUCACAGAUGCUGGCCUGUCUGACAGGGAAUACGUCAAGUUCGCCGAACAGCUUUGAAUUAUGAGUGGGCGGUUUCCACACAAUCCGGGUGAAACACACGAUAGGGGGCGUGGACGUGGAGGAUACAGGGGUAGGGGUCGUGGACGAGGUAACUAUGGAAACAGAGGAGGACGGAACAUAGAAGGCGGUGAGCAAGGCGCUUACGGGGGUGCCAGAGAUAACGACUAUAGAGGUGAACGAGGAGGAAGAGGUCGAGGCAACGGAAAGGGCCCCAGAAAACCAAGAGAACACCCAAUGAGUUUUACAGCUCUACAUGAAUGUCUGAACAAGGAGCCAAAUGAAAUUAUCCUAGGUUUAAAUAAUCCAGGAAGUGGGUUUAUAAAGUUCCUUGAACAAGGGCGGGUUAGACCUGAUUUCAUGAAGCUCGCACUGAAUGUAAUCACGAAAUGCCUUGACAGAACCAUUGCUGAUACAUUCGUUUUAGAGUUGCUUCAUCAGAUAGAAAAGUCAACCUUUACUACAGGUCCUCUAGUGUUAUACUUCACCGAAAUGCUCACGGAAACCUCACAGGCGAAACACCAGGAUUUCAAGGAAGCAAUUGAAGAUUCUCUUUUACUGAUGACGGAAUUGCUUCAUAAAUUACCGUCCAGCGUAUCCAAGGUGAACGUCCCUCUGAGCGUAUUAAAGACCACGCUCGAACAGCUGCAGAUAACUACGAAUAUAGUCGAUGUCAACCUGUUAGAGAAACAUGAGGAUGUUAUGCAGAUGUUAUACAAAUCGCUGCGAAAAAACAACACACAUGAAGAACCAAGAAAAAGGACAGAACUACUGUAUGAGAAUGAGGCACCACCUGACGACUUUAGAGAUAUAUCGAUAUUUCCAACCCAGAACGACAUCUAUUUGAAUGAAAGGCCGUUCUUACGAGUAAACAAGGCAAGGGGAGCAUACCAAGAUAUUGAUCACUACCUUGAUGUCCAGUUUCGCCUGCUGAGGGAGGACUUUGUUAAGCCACUCCGAGACGGGAUUGAGGAAUACAAGCACCAACGGACCUCACUGAAACAAAAGAAACUGCAAGAUAUUCGUAUGUAUCAGCGUGUUUUUAUAAGAUCCCCGUUGUGCCAGGCAGACGGAAUUUACCAUAAGAUUCAGUUUGAUGUCAGCAAAAUGAGGAACAUCAAAUGGCGUAUCUCAAAGCGUCUUAUCUUCGGUUCACUAUUAUGCCUAUCUCGGGACAACUUCCAGACUUUCCUAUUUGCGACAGUUUCCAACAGACAAGAGAAAGAACUGUCAGAUGGAAUCAUUGACGUCAGAUUUGAGGAAAAGCACGAUGAGAUUGCAAAAAUAAACCCAGAUGUUGAGUUCCAAAUGGUAGAGACAACAGCUUAUUUUGAAGCAUACAGACAUGUCCUAAAGGCUCUACAGAGAAUACGUGCAAAUGAGCUGCCAUUUCAGCGGUACAUCGUGGAAUGUAAAACUGAGCUUAAACCACCGAGAUAUCUACUUGAAGGAUAUGGGAAAACGUUCGACUUGCGUCCAUUGAUAACUAAGGAAGUUGUUGAAGUGACCAAGAAAGCCUCAGCACGUCAGAGACCAAGGCAUCGCGGUAGUCUAGGUGACCUUUUGAUGGACAUAUCAGAUUCUGACGAUGAGGAUCCCGUAGAUCAAGUACUAGAGAGAGAACUCACAAGAGUAGCGUCAAGUCAAGCGAAAUCAGUAAACAUGUUGCGAACAAACACAUGGCCUGAUGCGGAACAAAUGCGACUUGACCAAACACAAUACGAGGCUGUAAAAAUGGCUCUCACUAAGGAGUUUGUGGUCAUUCAGGGACCACCCGGAACAGGAAAAACAUACAUUGGGCUAAAGAUCGUACAGGCUUUGCUACACAACAGAGACGUAUGGACUAAGAAUAGAAUGGGAAAUAUUGAGCAGAGUCCAAUAUUAGUGGUGUGUUACACAAACCACGCCCUCGACCAGUUUCUGGAGGGGAUCUACAAGUUCUGGAAGACCAACAUAGUUCGAAUAGGUGGAAGGAGUAAGAGCGAACUAAUGGAGAAAUUUCUGUUAAAGAACUUAAAACAGGUAAUGAAGAAUGACAGAAAAAUACCAAUCGAGGUGCAUAGAGGGAAAUUUCAGUUAAUGGACCAGUUGAAGGAUAUUCAAAUGCAAUUAGACAAGACUGUGUCUUUGAUUGAAGCAUCACACAAAGGACUUGUAAAAGAAGAUGUGCUAGAAGAAUUUAUGAAUGAAGACCACUACAACCAACUAACUGAUGGACCUCCAACUUUCAAUGACCCAUUCCAGAUGCAGUUCCAAACCGGGAAACGUGUCCAGGUUAUGGAUUGGCUUGGCGUAGGGGAUAACUACUAUGAGCUGCCAACUGAUAAUUUAACAGGAGCGAUGGGAGCAAUGCAGGUUGCAGGGCCAGAUGACGAUGACGAUGAUGAUGACGAAGAUGAAUACGUAACUGUUGAUGACGAGGCUGAUGCUAUAGCAGCUGAGAGAACGCUUGACGAGGAUGAUCUCGAUCAGAACCGUCGCCGCCAGCAAGAAUUGCAGAGAAUUCAAAAUGAACAAGAAGCAGCAGGAACACUAGCGUUAGAUAUCAACAAUAUGCAAGACGCUGGUCAAUAUGAACUAGCAGGAGGAUGGAUGACUCAAACCAACAGAAAAUCAAGAAAGAAAACCUUGAAAAGGGGACUUCAAGGAACUGAUGCUAUGACUGACGAUGAGGCAAAUGACUGUUAUAUUCUUUGGGAUCUCCCCCUUAAGGAAAGAUGGCGCCUCUAUAGAAAUUGGAUCAACAAGUACAGGAAUAGUCUGAAGUCUAAGAUUCAAGACUAUGAACGAGAAUACGAGAGACAAGCGAGACAAAUGGUCGACUUAAGACGUGAAGAGGACUUUGCAGUCUUGAAACAAGCUGUAGUUAUUGGCAUGACAACAACAGGAGCGGCAAAGUACCAAUCUCUAAUUCAACGAGUUAAACCUAAAAUUGUGGUCGUUGAAGAGGCGGCUGAAGUCCUUGAAUCCCAUAUUGUGACAACACUUAGUGAAGGCUGUGAACACUUGAUUUUGAUAGGAGACCAUAAACAGCUGAGACCAAACCCAACUGUGUACGAUUUGGCAAGAAAAUACAACCUUGAGAUAUCUUUCUUUGAGAGAAUGAUCAACAAUAGGAUUCCAUAUGAAUGUCUGGAGCUCCAACACAGGAUGAGACCAGAGAUUGCAACAUUGGUUUCUGAUAUCUAUCCAGAGCUACGAGAUCACAAGUCAGUGCAUCACUACGAACGUGUCAAAGGCGUAGCAAAGAACAUGUUCUUUGUGGAUCACACAGUGCACGAAACAAGCGAUAUUGAGAUACGCAGCAAAUCUAACCCACAUGAAGCAGAAUACAUUGUAAAACUGUGCAAGUAUUUGAUCCAACAAGGGUACAAGCGAGAGGAGAUAACCAUACUGACACUGUAUACAGGACAGAUGUUCACGAUCAAGAAACUCAUGCCUAAGGAAUACUUUCAGGGGGUAAGAGUCUGCGCUGUUGACAACUUCCAAGGCGAGGAGAAUGAAAUUGUGCUCCUUUCAUUGGUUCGUUCUAACGAAGAAAACAGCAUUGGGUUUCUCAAGAUUGAGAAUAGAGUGUGUGUCGCUUUAUCAAGAGCAAAGCGAGGAUUCUAUGCUAUUGGCAACAUGACGCUUCUAGCAAAGAACAGUGACCUCUGGAGAAAAAUCUACGGGCGUCUGCGUCAUACAGGGAAUGUCGGCGAGGCUUUGGAACUAUAUUGUCAAAACCAUCCCAAAGAUAACCACAUUCUAGUGAAAACAGCGGCAGAUUUUGACAAAGCUCCAGAAGGUGGAUGUACUAAGAAGUGUGACGCCAGGCUUGAUUGUGGCCACACAUGCCCCCAGUUUUGCCACAAUAUAGACGCUCACCACGAAGAUUUCCAGUGCAGGAAGCCAUGUGCAAAGAAAUGUCCUGAGGGUCAUACUUGCAGUAAGAUGUGCUACCAGAAUUGUGGUACCUGUCAGACCAGGGUCAUAAAAACAAUCCCUGCAUGUGGGCAUACCCAGAAUGUCCCAUGUCAUAUGGACCCUGCUACAUUCAACUGUACAAUGCCCUGUAGUAAAAAACUUUCCUGUGGGCACACAUGUAAAGAACAAUGCUGGGGUCCUUGUUCCAGGCUCUGCAAAGAAAAAAGUGGAAUAUACCUCGAGUGUGGACACUAUUGCAAGGUUGAAUGUUAUAAGAUGGAUAAGUCGAGUGAGAUUGUGUGUACUCAACCAUGCAGUGAUUUACUUCUCUGCGGUCACAAAUGUCAAGGGACUUGUGGUAGCUGCCAAAGAGAGAAAUGUGAAUGGCAAUGUCAACAUCACCAAUGUUCGCAGCCCUGCAGUGAACCCUGUGACAGGCCACGCUGUGAUCGUCCUUGCAUGAAGAAAUUCACCUGUUUCGAAUGCAAGAAUAGAUACACGUGUAUAGGUCUAUGUGGCGAGAAAUGUCCACCCAAGUGUCCCAAUUGCGAUAAAGCUGAAAUCAGAGAAGUGUUUUUUGGAACCGAGGAGGACCAAAACGCCAAAUUUGUACAACUUGAAGAUUGUGGUCACAUACUUGAGGUGGAAGGGUUGGACGCUUGGGUAGAUAAGUACAGUGAUGAUUCGGGGACGGUUGAUAUCCAAUACAAAACUUGCCCGAAGUGUAAAACACCCAUUCGUAAGAAUCUAAGAUACGGUGAUACCAUUAAGAAAAUGGAUAAAUACAUCGCUGCUGUAAAGGAAAAAAUAAUUGGAAGCAGGGAUGAAGUCAAAAUCCUCAAACAAAACGUUGAAAGAGAAAUAAAAGAUUUUAGUUUGACAGAUUCUGUCAUAAGCAAUGAUUUGCAAACCCGGGUGAAUAUACCCACAGAUUACAUCACAAUUAAUUUGCUAAACGCUGUCAAAAUGCAACUGGACUUCACCCGGCAGUUUACUAAGUUAGCAGAUGAUGUUCAACAUCAGAAACACAAAUCAAUUGGUGCCUCCACUGGAGACGUGGUCGACUUCAGGGCGAGGUGUGGACAAAUAAAAACUAAGAUUGAAACCACAAUUCGAUGGGUAUUGAAGAACAGGCAACGCUUUACAGAACAGGAAGCACUAGAGUGCCAAAAAGAACUUACCCGUUUGAAGCUACAAAGUAAAGCUUACGUCAUUGACUACAAAGCAUCGAAGGUCAAGGACAAACUCAAGCCAGAGUACAUCGACUGCAUUGAACAAAGCAUCGAUGAAUUGGAAAAAGGUGUUCCUUUAAAAGAUGACACAGAAGCGAGGAUAACUAAGAACCUGAAGAUUUUGGAGAAGAAGCUUGCUCCAACAAAUGGACUUGGGAUCAGCGAUGGAGAACGGGUUGAAAUUCUGAAGGCAAUGGGAUUGACUAAGGGACACUGGUACAAAUGCGCUAAUGGUCAUAUUUACGCCAUUGGAGACUGCGGUGGCGCCACUGUCGAGGCUACGUGUCCAGAAUGCAAAUCAACAAUAGGGGGCUCUGGUCAUGCAUUGCGAUCUGACAAUAAAAGCAAUAACAUUAUGGAGUGAUGGUUUGCAUGAUGCCUCAUUUUGACAAUCAACAUUAAAGACUUGUGUUUAUACAUUUUAAAUGCAGAACGUGAUAUUGUGUCGAUUUUGCUGGAAUAUCAAUUCUACAAAUCAUACAUACACUGUAUACGUGCAUAUAUGGACUUUGCCAGGAUUUGAAAAUAAGUGAAUGCUUUUAGUUUGAAUUAACAUAUUUUGCAGGCCAGGAAGUUGCCUCAUGAUUGGUUACAAUAAAAUUGCCAUUUUUAGAGGACACAGACAACUAUAACAAGAUGAAAAUUGAUGUAAAAUAGCAAAACAAUCACCCCGUUCAACAUAAAGGCAAAGAUUCAUAAACAAACGGUUACGUUCGAUGGAUGGAUAAACUGUUGUUCGUAUUUAUAGCAAAAUGUAUAUACAGGGUGGUCCAAAGAACAAUACCCAAGUUUAAAGAUUCAUAUGUACAUACGUAUUUAGGUGAUAGAAAUAUGUUAUAUAUACUUAAGUAUUUUUGAUGGAGAUACAUUAUGAAAAGUACAUUCUCAAUGAAAAAUAGAGUGAUUUGAAAUAGGCUUGGCGAAACAUCAGCCACAACAUGGUAGACAAAUGAAACAUACAUGCAAAUAGGCUCUAACUCGUCAAAUGAGUCUUCGUACGUUGUUUGUUUCCUGAGUUCAUUGGUUUCCCAGCGAAACGUAUGUUAUACUCUUCUGGCAACGUAACACGGUUUUAAAUGUGGGCUCAAUCGUCAAUCUUCUCGUCUUGGUAUUUCCAGACAAACAACUCGACAGAAUGAUUGGACAUUUUGAUGAACCCAUGAGUCUUAGGCAUGCUGGGUAAAUCUUAGAUGGUUAUUUCUGAUGUUUAAGUACAAUAAAACAAGUUCAUCUAACAAAAUUCAAAACCAAUUACAGUGUUUAAGAUACCAAAGUACAAGGUGGAAUCAUCUGGGACAAAACUUCAUACACUAUUAAACUUACUAAUAAUGUAAAAAGUUUUUUUUUAAGAAAAUAUAUUAUCAAAAUAUUGAUUUUGAUGUUCAGUAAGCAUAAGGUGAUUCCAUCCUCUAUGUUGUACAUUAUUAUUUACCGGUGAUAUAAUUCAUGAGACAAAUUAUGGUUUUUUCUUAUUGUAUUUAACUUUCAAACACUCGAUUUUUUUAGAUUUAUGAUUUUAAAUGUGGUC